GUGGUUUCAUCCCAACAUCAGUGGAAUUGAGGCUGAGAAGCUCCUCCUGACCAGGGGUGUCCAUGGCAGCUUUCUGGCUCGGCCCAGCAAGAGCAAUCCUGGGGAUUUCACUCUCUCUGUCAGAAGGAACGAUGAGGUGACCCACAUCAAGAUCCAGAACACAGGGGACUACUAUGACCUAUAUGGAGGUGAGAAGUUUGCCACCUUGGCAGAGCUGGUCCAGUACUACACCGAGCAGCAGGGGCUGCUGAGGGAGAAGAACAGCAAUGUCAUCGAGCUCAAGUACCCUCUCAACUGCCAGGACCCCACCUCAGAGAGGUGGUACCAUGGGCACCUCACUGGCAAGGAGGCAGAGAAGCUGCUGACAGAGAAGGGGAAGCCAGGGAGCUUCCUGGUGAGGGAGAGCCAGAGCAAACCAGGAGACUUUGUCCUGUCUGUGCUGACUAAUGAGGACAAGAUGGAAACUGGGGACCGAAAGCCUCAUGUGACCCACGUGAUGAUCCACUACCAGCUGGAUGGGAAGUAUGAUGUGGGGGGAGGAGAGAGGUUUGACACCCUCACAGACUUGGUGGAGCACUACAAGAAGAACCCCAUGGUGGAGAAAUCUGGAGCUGUGGUUCACCUGAAGCAGCCCUUCAAUGCCACACGCAUCAACGCAGCCAACAUUGAGAACAGAGUGAAGGAGCUGAACAAAAUGGCAGAUCACAGUGAGAAGGCCAAACAAGGAUUCUGGGAAGAGUUUGAGAUGCUGCAGCAGCAGGAGUGCAAACUCCUGUACCCCAGGAAGGAGGGACAGCGACCAGAGAACAAGGCCAAGAAUCGCUACAAGAACAUCCUUCCCUUUGACACCACCCGAGUGGCACUCCGGGAUGUGGAUGAGACUGUGCCUGGCUCAGACUACAUCAAUGCCAACUAUAUCAAGAGCAUCCCUGAAGAUGGAAGGAACUCAGAGAACUGCAAGGUCUACAUAGCCACCCAGGGCUGCCUGCAGACCACUGUGAAUGACUUCUGGACCAUGGUGUACCAAGAGAACACUCAUGUCAUUGUCAUGACCACCAAGGAGGUGGAAAGGGGCAGGAACAAAUGCUUCCGUUACUGGCCUGACAAAGGCUGCACCAAGGAGUAUGGAGGGAUCUGUGUGCACCACGUGAGCGAGCGCGAGGCCCAGGGCUACUACCUGAGGGAGCUGGAGAUCCUGAGGCCAGACAGGGAUGAACAUCCAAGGCUGGUGAGGCACUAUCAGUACUUCAGCUGGCCAGACCAUGGGGUGCCCAACGAGCCAGGAGGAGUUCUGAGCUUUCUGGACCAAGUGAAUCGGGCACAGCGAAGCAUUCCAGGCACGGGGCCCAUCAUAGUGCACUGCAGUGCUGGGAUAGGACGCACAGGCACCAUCAUAGUCAUAGAUAUCCUGGUGGAUAUCAUCCACAGGCAAGGUCUGGACUGUGACAUUGACAUCCCCAAAACGAUCCAGAUGGUGCGACGGCAGCGCUCGGGGAUGGUGCAGACAGAGGCUCAGUACAAGUUUGUUUACAUGGCAGUGCAGCAGUACAUUGAGGCUGAGCAGAAGAGGUUGGAAGAAGAACAGAGGAAUAAAAGGAAAGAACGAGACUACUUGAAUAUUGGCUACUCUCCCAUGGAAAAAGGCAGAGGCAAAGGGCAACCUCCUUCCCCCCAGGCCCAGUCUGUGGUGGAGGAUGAAUCAACUUCCGUCUACGAGAACCUCAACAUCAAAAGCCCAAAGGUUUCAGGGCUGAGUAAUACAGGGAGAUAGAGGAGCUGGAGAGGAGCUGUGUGCAGGCUGUACAGG